UUUCAUGGAGGCGUUGUUGAUGCCCUGUCGUUCAGCAUCAAGCUGUCUAAAAAUGCUUCCGCGCCUACGGUCAACGUUCCCGCGUGACAAAUAUGAGCUCAACGUCGCAUCUGGAUGCUGCAUCGGCGACGUUCAUUGACGAGUUCCGGCGCGGUUUGACAUCUGUGAGAGAUCUCAGUGGUGAAUUUAAUCACAAUGCCAAGGCGCUCAAGGCAUCGGGGGGAUAUUCUUGUGUAUAUGCCAUCCAAUGGAAGCCUUCGGAUGGCGACCCCGUCCAGGUAUGCUAUAAAGAACUUCGCCCACCGGCAAGCAGCGCUCCAUCGCAGGUUGAUUUGACCAAAAAAACGAUAAGACAUUUAACCCGGGAGGUGAAGAUAUGGAAAUCGCUCUGCCAUCCUAACAUAAUCGAACUUAUUGGGUACGCCAUCGAAGGGGAAAGAUGCGACGUGAAGGCCGUGUUGGUUUCAAAGUGGUGCUCAAAUGGAGAUGUCGUUAAUUAUUUACAGCGACACCCGGAGUCAGAUCGCGUCAUGUUGAUUCGGGAUAUGGCUGAUGGACUACGGUAUCUUCACGAACGAGUCCCUCCGAUGAUUCAUGGCGAUGUCAAGCCUCAUAAUGUUCUUAUCAGCGACAACGGAAACGCGCAGUUGUGUGACUUCGGUUUGUCUCGAGUGAUUAGUGAACUGACAAUAACGGGGCAAACGACAUCGACGGGGAUUGGAUACACGGCAAGAUAUUCCGCUCCCGAGGUCAUCGUUGAGGAGGUCAAGACAACGGAGAGCGAUGUCUACGCAUUCGGAUGUACAUGCAUACAUGUACUGUUCAGCCAGCCCCCUUAUCCUACACUGAAAAAUGACUUGCAGGUACUCACUGCUAUUGGAUCCGGGAAAUCGCCCUGGAGUUGGGAUACAGGAGUCCCAUUGGAACGUCUUCUUUCACUGUGUUGCCACAAGCAGCAAGAGGUCCGACCUUCAAUGGAUGUCGUUCUCAAGGAAAUUCACAUUGUUCAUCCUCCUGUCCAUCCUCCAUUUGCCUCUACGUCUACAACUGUAGAUGGCCCUUCAGUGGGGUCCCCACAAAAGGAAUCUAAAGACCUAUUCUUGGCUCAAAUCGCACAUUCCACUAGCGAUCAUAAUAAACCGCGGCCCGCUAUUACCUUUCUUCCAGUGCAGAUUUUAGUCGGAAUCUUUAAAUACCUUGCAUUGAGCGAUCUCAUGAGGUGCAAACAGACGGCUAAGCAUUUUCUACGGGUCAUCGAGGAAUCAUUGACUCUUCAGUAUAACAUUGAACGCGAAACUUGUCUUCUUGCCGGUACUGCUCCAGUUGCUGCCUGUACGGUGACGUAUUCGGGGAAGCUCGUGACUGUUACAUACUGAAUUUUGGCUGGAUGAAAUCCCAGACCUAGAUAGGCCCUCUGUUGCAGAGACGCUUACCGAUCUUCACAGGCGUGAGAUCGGAUGGGCAAGUCUGAAAUGGCAGCCGCAAACGCAUUCCAUCCCUACUGCGCCGCCUGAUUUUAC